AUGGCAUUGAUAGGGUGUUAUCGUUCUCUAAGACUUUUGACGAGACAACAGGCUCGUUUUUUAUCCACUUCAAGGAAAAAUAGAGAAACUGUUACAGUUGCUGAGAAAGUGGAAAAGACGGAGACGGAUUGCAAGGUGAAAAAGAAUUGGGUUAGCUACGGUUUUGACUCUCGCGAUGAAACAAUGGAUCAAAAUGCAAUGCACUGUACAAUGUUUGCCACGAUUACACUAUGCAUAGUGUUUGGUGGGUUUUACUGGGCCUACGCUCCAGACUUCAAGCUGAUGAAUUGGGCCCAACGUGAAGCGUUCUUGGAAAUAAGAAGACGGGAAGCACUGGGCUGUCCCUUAAUUGAUCCCAAUCUGAUAGAUCCUGAGAAAGUUACUUUGCCCUCUGAUGAAGAGCUCGGUGAAACAGAAGUUAUAAUUUAA